CACGGCCUCUCUCCUUCCCCCUAUACAGCUCGCGCAAGUCUCAACGCCCAUUUCGAAUAAUAGUGGCAACUGAAUAGAUUUUUGAUUCUUUACCUCUGUUCUCUCCCUCUCCCUCUCUUCUCCGCUUCCGAAGCGGAAAUGGCGACGCCCCAAUCACCAGCUCCCGGCGAAGAAGCGCAAAGCAGAAGAUUCGCCCUAUUCCUGCCCUUAAUGUUUGGUUUGCCCACAUCUGCGGAUGCUGGGUUGCAACCAGGCGAAAAUCGAACUACGGUAGGCGAGCAAGUCGUGCUGAUUAAUUCGUUUAUAGGGUCGUUGGUGGUGAUCCAGGGUUCUGAAAACGCGGGGGGUUUGUCGAAGGGGGGGCCGUUGCCGGCGUCGAAGGCGGCGAUAGAGGCGCUGCCGGUGGUGAAGAUAACCGAGGAGGAGGAGGAGGAGAGCGAGUGUGCGAUAUGUUUGGCGGAGUACGAGGUGGGUGGGGAAGCGAAGGAGAUGCCUUGCAAGCACCGGUUCCAUCCGGGUUGCAUCGAGAAGUGGCUGGGGAUCCACGGGUCGUGCCCGGUUUGCAGGUUCAUGAUGCCGGUAGAAGAGCGAAACGAUAGGAAGGGAGGUGAGGGUGGCGAGGGAAAUGGAGGCGAGAUACGAAUUAGCUUCUUCUUCGGAGGCCAUGGCGGCGAUUCAAGAGAUUCCGAUUCGAAUUCAGCGGCGGAUUCUGGCAGUAAUUAAUUCGUCGAUCGCAGUCCGCGGCGAUGAUGCCGCUUCGGCCGAUCACGAUCGGAGUUGAUUCUUUUCCUUUUCUUUUUUUGACUUUCAUUCUUCCUUCCACCUUUCUGUCAGAUUCUUAGUCGACUGCUUGAAGUUGUACAGAGAUUACCAAGUGCUUAAGAGAUGCAGAUUUCAUGAUUGAAGUGUUAAUUUAAAUUUGAAUGAUUGUUCAG